UGACAAUAAGAUACAUACCGUAUCUAUUUAUUUACUUUCAAUUUCCAAUUAUCUGUCAUUAUAUAUUCAUUUUUUUUUCUUUUUAUUUACUGAACGCAUUAGCAUAGAAGUUAUUUAUGGUAUGACGACACUUUGUUUAAUUGAUCGGCUUCUCAUAUUCCAGCCGGAGAUUAUUAUUUGUCUAUGAGUAAUCGACAACACGUGUAGUGAAUAUAACGAGAGAAGGGAGAGUAAAUUAUCGCGAUUUCUAUAAUAACCGAUAAUAACCGAUAGUGUCUUUUAUCAAUAAAUAGUGCAUUAGAUCGUGGAGGAAUAAAAGUUGUCAUCAUUAGCGUCGCGAAAUGAUUGAAAAUACAUUAAGAGUCAUGCUCUGUGUAGUAUUAAUUACUUUCUUAACACAAACAGUUUUAUCCAGUGAUUUGCCUACCAAUAAUUCAUCAACUCGACCGAUAGUAGAUUUAGAACUGGGUCAAUUGCAAGGUAUUCAAGAAACUAACGUCGAUGGAAAAAGUAAUUUUUACGCGUUUCGAGGGAUUCCGUUUGCAAAAUCUACAGCUGGAGAGCUAAGAUUCAAGGACCCGGAACCAGCUGAAGCGUGGUCUGGUGUACGAGAUGCGAGUAAACAUGGAAAUACAUGUCCGCAAAAAGAUUUUCUUGUGGGGAAAGUGAUCGGAGGCGAAGAUUGUUUGAAUUUGAACGUCUAUACAAGAGAUUUGAAUCCUGAAGAACCACUUGCUGUGCUUGUCUGGAUCCAUGGCGGUGCUUUUAUUUUUGGAUCGGGAAACGAUGAUAUCUACGGUCCAGAUUAUUUUAUGAAUAAGGACAUUAUUUUAGUGACAAUAAAUUAUCGUUUGGGAAUGUUAGGUUUUUUAAAUUUGGACGAUGAAGAAGCAACUGGCAAUCAAGGUUUGAAAGAUCAAGUUAUGGCUUUAAAAUGGGUGAAACAAAACAUUAAAAAAUUUGGUGGUGACCCGAACAAAGUAACUAUUUUUGGCGAAAGCGCAGGCGCUGCUUGUGUUCAUUAUUUAACAAUUUCUCCGUUAGCAGAAGGAUUAUUUCAAAAAGCUAUCAUCCAAAGCGGUGUUGCUUCAAAUCCAUGGGCCAGUGUAGGUUAUCCUAUGAAAGAAGAAGCUACAAAUAUAGCUGAGAACUUAGGAAGAAAUAUUACCGACAACAAAGAACUUAUUGAAUUUUUAAGAAACGUUGAUUUAGUCAGUCUAGUCGGGGCGGAACAAAAAUUUUUUUCUCCGACAUCGAUGAAUUUUUUGGAUCUAAAACUUCGUUUUGUACCAUCAGUUGAUUCAAAAUCUAAAAAUCCGUUUCUAAGUAUUCCAAUAAAAGAAGCGGUUAAAUCAGGUAUCAAAGUCCCUCACAUAAUUGGCUAUACCAGCAAGGAGGCGAUUAUUUUUGUAGCAGGUUUACGGGAUGAUCAAUACGCAAAGCUAGAGGCUGAACGAGACACGUUCUUAUUGCAUCCUGAAGAAAAACAAUUUUUGCAAGAGCGAAACGUAUCUCUUGAUGAUAUCACAAAAUUUUUUAUGGGUGACAAAAAAUUCGUUUCUGAGAAUAUUCAGUCGUUUGUUGAUGUAGUUUCAGCCAGAUUAUUUUUUAUUAACAUCCAUGAUAUUAUUAAAAUUCAAUCUUCGAUUCCUGACGUGCAGACAUAUUUAUAUAAAUUUGAUUACUAUUCAAAUGAAACUACGGUGAUGCAGAAACUGUUUGGUACCGAUCUAGAAGGUACGGCACAUGGAGAAGAACUGUUCUUUCUUUUCUAUCCAAAAUUAAUGAAACUUUUAGGGUUUGAACCGAUUGUUUCCGAUUCAACAGAGAACAUAAUUAAACAGCGAUUCAUUGAACUAUGGACAAACUUUGCUAAAAAUGGGGAUCCAAAUUCAGAACGAUCAGAAUUAAUUUCCGUUAAAUGGAAGCCAGUUGAUGAUCAUCAAGAAUACAAUUGUUUAGAAGUAUCUGAAGAUCUUAGCAUGAUUAAAGAGACUAAUAUUUUAGAUAAAAUACAACAAAAUAAGAGCCAAAAUUAGUGAUUUUAUAAGAAUCAAAAAUAUAUUUACUGAAAAAAUUUUUUUGCACAAGAAAAUUAUCAAGAAUAUAUUUUCUGUUCUGAAAAAUUG